UCGUGUCGUUCAGUGUAGAGCUCAGGCACGGAAAAAAAUCCCUAGGAAAUGGAGGCAGAAUUAAGUUGUCCUGUUUGGAACAAGCCGUAUGUAAACCCUAUAAUCCUGCCUUGUUCUCACAACAUUUGCUUGGGUUGUUCGCAAUCCACGUUGACAACUACCGGUGGAGAGAAAUCUGCGACCGAUCGAAAUGGAACACAGGUUGACACUGAGGAAACACCGUACAUCACUUUGUACGACAUGAAUCAUUUGUAUCAAAGCAUAGGAAAUCUACCGUGUUUAAAGUGUCCAACAUGCAGCAAACUAUUUCCCCUCGACGACCAAGGGAUCAGUGGAUUUCCCCGCAACCGCCUAUUGGAAAAUAUUGUUAAUCGGUAUUAUGCUAAAUCGAAUGGAAUUGUUUAUUGUCAACUUUGCGAGGAAACCCAACCUUGUCAAGCAACGGUUAUGUGCGAACAAUGUGAAGUUGCUUAUUGCGAUCGAUGUUGUAAAACCUGUCAUCCUAGCCGUGGUCCUUUAGCGAAACACUCGUUGAUUCCUCCCACAAGUUUGAAGUCGCCUAACAAACCGACUGUAGUAAAGUGCGGAAGCCACAGCGAAGAAAACAUCAGCAUGUACUGUGUAUUCUGCCGUAUUCCUGUUUGUUAUGUGUGUUUGGAGCGGGGACAGCACAGUGGCCAUGAAGUGAAAGCGUUGGGAGCGAUGUUUAAAGAGCAAAAGGCUGAACUUUUAGCCAGCAUGAAGUUACUGGAUGGGAAAAAUAACGAUUUGAAAAACUUUAUUCAGUGUCUUAAUGGAAACUGCUCAAUAAUCCAGGAAAAUGGUUUGGAGUUUGAAGCCAGUGUGGUAGCUCAAUGUGAUUCAUUGAUAAAUUUCAUACAGCAGCGUAAAGUGGAGUUAAUUGAAGCCAUCACAACAGAGAUGAACUCUAAGAUGCAGAAGGUCAAAGAGCAAAUCAAAGCCUGUGAAGAAAAGGGUAAAAAAGUGGCAGGGGUUCUGCAAUAUGCUCAUGAAUGUUUACAGGGAACAGAUGCAGCCUCUUUUCUGUUGGUUGCAAACUCUCUAAAUGGAAGAAUUUUGAACAUUAUUAAUCAGUGGUCAAAAGAAGUAAAACUUGAACCAACUACUGGUGUGGAACUGGAAUUGACUUUGGACACAUCAGGGGCAAUACAAGCCCUCCAUGAUUUGCACUUCAUAGAACUCAAAGCCCCAAUAGCUCCAGAAAUAGUUCCAGAUGAAUGCACGGUCACAAACAAUGCCAUCACAUUAUCAUGGAGACCUCGCAUCAAACAGAGCUGUGUGGAUGGCUAUGUGGUUGAGAUUGAUGAUGGUACUUCAAGUGGUAAAGAGGACAAUUUCCUGGAGGUUUAUCGCGGGAGUUGUUUGGAAUGCACUGUAUCUGGCCUACAGUUUAACUCAACGUACCGAGCAAGAGUCAAGGGUUUUAACAAAGCUGGAGAGGGUGCACCAAGUGAUGAGGUGUAUUUGACAACAUCUGACGUUGCCUGGUUCUCUCUGGAUCCUGCAACUGCCCAUCCAGACAUAGUUCUUACAAAUGAUGACACAACAACAACAUGCACCAGUUUUGAUGACAGGGUUGUGCUGGGUAACAUUGGUUUUUCCAGAGGCUGUCACUACUGGGAGGUGACCAUUGAUCGUUAUGAUGGAAACCCUGAUCCUGCUGUUGGUGUUGCCUUAGCGAGCACCAUCAAGGAUUCCAUUCUGGGAAAAGAUGACAAGGCAUGGUGUAUGUACAUUGAUAGCAGUCGAAGCUGGUUUCGCCACAACAAUGAACACUCCAAUCGCCGUGAUGGUGGGGUUGAGGUUGGUUCUGUUAUUGGAGUAUUACUGGACAUACCAAACCACAAAGUGACAUACUAUUUGAAUGACCAGAAAAGAGGUCUCAUGCGACUCCCUGAUACUUCAGAGGCAUUUUAUGCAGCAUUUAGUUUGAGUCGUAAUGUACAAAUCACAUUGCAUACUGGGCUUGAGCCUCCAGAGGAGGAAUUUAUUAAUAACAACAAGUAGAGGAAAAACAAUCAGAAUUUGUAGGUUCAAAAUGCAUACUAGUAUCUGUUAUCUACCAGGUGGAUCGAGGGUUGGUAUGGGAAAAGGGUAGUACUCAACAACUAUAAAGGUCACAUUUUUCCCACACUGACCAAUCUCAAAGACUUGUUAACCAUCUUUUUUCCUGCUGGUUUGCAUUUUUCUGCUUUGCUACAAAUGGCACUGAAAAAAUUCUAGACCAUGGUCUGUAGUGUAAAAAGGUGGGCAUGUUAUGAGUGCACUAAAUGCCAAUGAAAAUUAAUCCAAGGCAUGAGAUUCUUAAAAAAAAAAACCUAAAAGUUAUUUAAAGGAGGGAAGAAAGUUAUCUACAAAAACUCUAUUAUUUAAUACUAAUUUAUCUUUUUUGAUGUAAAAUUUGUUAUAAAUAAGUUAUUUACAACAGAUUGAGUUACAAAGAAAAAUGUUAUUUAUAGCACUGUUGAUUUUUAAGUGAAAGAAAAUGAUUUUGCAUCUAACAAGCUUAAAGAACCUCUCAUGAUUAGGGAAUCCCUAUGUACACUCUUGAAAAUUUAGUAAUAAGCUCCAAUGGGGGCUUUUCAGGGACAACACAAAUAGGGAAAAAAUUUCCACAUAAACAAAAUUUGAUUAAAAAUCCCAGUUGGUUAGACAUAGUCCUUUUGGCUAUAUUUAUUUGGUGCAGCUAAGGAAUUGAACUUAUAAAAGCCAAUGUAGGACAAAUUUAGUGGAAAGUAGGGUGUUAGGGCAUGAAUCUGUGACUAGCAAACCACACAUUCAGCCAUUUGGCUGCACUGCCUCCAAAAAAAAACUGAAAGUAAACCAAAAUAAAACUUACAGUAGGCUGAAGUUUUUUUAUUGUGACCUUGAGAUUAUUCUGACUUUUUUUUGUUUAUAACCUGGAUGAAAGCUUGUUUUGUUUUGUUUUGUAUUCUCUUGAUAUCAGGGCCUUUCCUUUGAUCAAUUGUCCAUUUUAUCAGUUACAGAAUUAAUUCUGUCUUUGUUUGCUGAUGAAUGUAGUCACCUUAAAGAAAAUAAAGAUUGUAAUGUUUUAGUUAUUUUCUUAAAGAUUAAUAAGGUUUCUCUGUUUUUUUAAGGGCCUUUUAUUCUCAGGUUGAAGUUUCUUAAUAUUGUGUGAUGAUAAAUAAUAUGAAUAUUAUUUAAUAUAUUGGUGUUAUUUAUUGCAGUAAGAAAACUGUUUUAUAUGUAAAGUGAUCAUGCGAAUCCUUAAAUUAUGUGCAAAGUAAACUGAACAGUAAAGAGAAACUUAAUAUAUGGUAUG